AUGGUGGACCCGUUAAUUUCUGAAAUAUGUUCAGGUGUGGUAAAUUGGGUCAACAACACGUUGAUGGUCGCUCUUUAUGACUUGAGCUAUCAAGAAUGCAAAGAAAUAAGGUUAGCACGAACGGAUCCCAACUAUGAAUAUCUUCGAAAUUUGACCAAUGAUAAUAACUUGAAAAGACUGGAAGAAAUGAUUGGAACGAACAUUCCUCUGCCAUCUCUUGGAUCUCUUGGCAGUGACUACUUACCAAAAGACUUCAAUCCAGCAAUGCCAUACCUUUUAACACGUCAACGAUUCAUUGUUUUGAAAACUGUAAUUAAGAGGGAACAGGAAGGAUUUGUUCUGUCUGGCCCUCAUGGAGUUUCUAAAUCUUACACAAUGUAUCUAUUAGCAUUCUAUGCUGUGGUUAACUCAACACCUCUUCUUUACAUUCCAAAAUGCAAAAUAUGGGUGAGCGAGUAUUGGAAAGGAGGAUCGAAAGCAGCAAACAAGUAUUUACUCUCUCUUUUAUUUUACUAUAACUAUGACAUUCUUUCUAACAAAGAAAUCAGAGAAAUGAGCUCGAGUAGUGACAUUGUUCGGUACUGUAGUGAAAUAAUGAGCUCUAACCAACACUUUUUCUAUUUAUUGGACGAACACAACGAGCUAUUUAAACAAUAUAACAACAUUGACGUGUAUAAAAUCGAAUUGGAAAGGGAACACUUUAGGAAACAAUACAAUUACCAUUUAUUGUGGCAGUGCACAUUGUGCUUUUGUGUCUGGUUUACCUGA